GCGGCUGUUGACCUUAGCGGGAACAAAGCCGUGUGGCGUCGUGAAGAGGACAGCCUGUUGUGUAUCGCGGGGGCGGGAGCAGAGUCCCUUCGCGGCCCGGGGGCAGGCUGAGGAUGCGGGAAGGAGAAGAUUGAAGACUAAUGCUGUAGGUGGUUUGUCUUAGAAGAUGACAGGAAGAGCUAGAGCCAGAGCAAGAGGAAGACCUCCAGGACAGGAGACUGCUAUUCCUUCUGUAGGAGCUGCAUCUGUUCAACAGACUUUGCCAAGUCAGCCACCUGGCCGACGGCAACCUCAGCAGCCAUGUGUUCCUCCAUCAGUAUCAGAAGAACCUGGUGGCCGUGGACGACAGAGGGGCCCUCAGAGUGUUCCACAAGGCCAGAAUGGGAGAAGGCCAGAAGGAUUACAGAUUUCUGCGGGAUUUCAGGAAUUGUCUUUAGCAGAUAGGGGUGGACGUCGUAGAGAUUUCCAUGACCUCGGGGUAAAUACUCGGCAAGCCAUAGAACAUGUUCAAGAAUCAAAAACUGGUUCUUCAGGUAUUAUGAUAAAAUUAACUACAAAUUACUUUCGUUUGAUGUCUCGACCCCAGUGGGCUUUAUAUCAGUACCAUGUUGGCUAUAGUCCUGAGAUGGAAGCACGCCGUCUUCGUUCAGCUUUACUCUUUCACCACGAAGAGCUAAUUGGAAAGACACAUGCAUUUGAUGGAUCAAUAUUAUUCUUGCCAAAAAAACUAGGGAAUAAGGUUACUGAAGUGUUUAGUAGGACUCGAAAUGGAGAGAAUGUGAAGAUAACGAUCACGUUGACUAAUGAGUUGCCACCUAAUUCACCUACAUGUCUGCAAUUUUACAACAUCAUUUUUAGAAGGCUUUUGAAGAUGUUGAAUUUGCAGCAGAUUGGACGUAAUUAUUACAACCCCAGUGACCCAAUCAGCAUCCCUAAUCACAGGUUGAUGGUUUGGCCGGGCUUCACAAGUUCUAUCCUCCAGUAUGAGGAAAGCAUUAUGUUAUGUACAGAUGUGAGCCAUAAGGUUCUUCGCAGUGAAACAGUGUUGGAUUUUAUGUACAGUCUAUAUUACCAGGUUGAAGAGCAAAAAUUUAGAGAUGCCUGUGCUAAAGAGCUGAUAGGUUUGAUUGUUCUUACAAAGUACAAUAACAGAACAUACAGAGUUGAUGACAUCGACUGGGAUGCCAAUCCACAGUGUACCUUCAGAAAAGCGGAUGGUUCUGAGAUCAGCUAUGUGGACUACUACAAAAGGCAAUAUAAUCAAGAAAUUACUGACUUGAACCAGCCUGUCUUGAUCAGUCAGUCUAGGAGGAAGAGAGGAAGCAUCAUGCCAGGACCUGUGGUUCUAAUUCCAGAGCUGUGCUUCCUAACAGGAUUAACUGAGAAGAUGCGUAAUGACUUUAAUAUGAUGAAAGACUUGGCUAUUCAUACACGACUGCCACCUGAGCAAAGGCAACGUGAAAUUGGAAAACUUAUUGACUACAUCCAAAAAGAUGACAACGUUCAGAAGGAACUCCGAGACUGGGGUUUAAGCUUUGAUUCUAAUUUAUUAUCCUUUACGGGAAGAGUUGUUCAAGGAGAAAAGAUCCUUCAAUCAGGAAAUGUGUUUAAUUACAAUCCUCAGUUUGCUGAUUGGUCAAAGGAAACUAGGGGAGCUCCCUUAAUCUGUGCAAAGCCUCUGGACAACUGGUUGUUAAUAUACACACGGCGCAACUAUGAUAUUGCUAAUACAUUACUUCAAAAUCUGUUUAAAGUCACACCAUCUAUGGGAAUCAGAAUGAACAAGGCAACCAUGAUUGAAGUAGAUGAUAGAACAGAAGCUUAUUUAAGGGUUUUACAGCAAAGUAUUACCCCCGACACAAACAUAGCAGUUUGUGUUUUGUCUAGUUCCCGAAAGGAUAAAUAUGAUGCUAUCAAGAAAUACUUAUGUACAGAUUGUCCUGUUCCAAGUCAAUGUGUGAUUGCUCGCACUUUAAGCAAGCCUCAGACUGCUAUGGCCAUAGCAACAAAAAUUGCCUUACAAAUGAACUGUAAAAUGGGUGGAGAACUUUGGAGUGUUGAGAUCCCACUGAAACAGGUAAUGGUUGUGGGAAUUGAUUGUUACCAUGACACUUUAUCUGGAAAGCAGUCAAUUGCAGGAUUUGUCGCUAGCCUGAAUCAAACAAUGACACGGUGGUUCUCCCGCUGUGCUAUUCAAGGUCGUGGGCAAGAACUUGUGGAUGGGCUCAAAGCCUGCUUGCAAACUGCUCUAAGAGACUGGUUCAAGUGGAAUAAGUAUUUGCCCUCUCGUAUUAUUGUGUAUCGUGAUGGUGUAGGAGAUGGACAACUAAAUACGUUGGUUAAUUACGAAGUGCCUCAAUUUCUGGAUUGCUUGAAGAGUGUUGGUAAAGACUACAACCCAAGACUUACUGUGAUAGUUGUGAAGAAACGAGUGAAUACCAGGUUCUUUGCACAGUGUGGUGGAGCACUGAAAAACCCGCCCCCUGGUACUGUUGUCGAUGUGGAGGUUACCAGACCAGAAUGGUAUGAUUUCUUUAUUGUGAGUCAGGCAGUGAGAAAUGGCUGUGUUGCACCCACUCAUUAUAACGUAAUUUAUGACACUAGCACACUGAAACCAGAUCACGUACAACGUUUAACCUACAAACUUUGCCACAUGUACUAUAACUGGUCGGGUGUGAUCCGAGUACCUGCUCCCUGCCAAUAUGCUCAUAAACUGGCUUUCCUUGUCGGUCAGAGUAUUCACAGAGAACCAAACCUGUUGCUUUCAGACAGACUUUACUAUCUUUGAAUUUGAGUUACCAGCUAAAAAAAAUAGCGUAGUUCCUUUCUAGGGAAUGUAGAAUUGUUUGGGGUUUUGUGUGUUGGUUUGGUUUGGUUUGUUUGUUGUUUUUUUCUGGAGACGUGCAUGGGAUAAUGGGUAUGUGCAGUUGUGGAACUUUAUUUUCAUUGUAGCAGGAAAAGGCUUGAGAGGGCAGAUCUGCAUUUUGAAUAGGUCUCUGCUUGCUAUAAAAACUAUACAAUUUUUUAUUAUUCUUUAGUACUAAAGUGUUUCUGGGAUUCUUCACAAAAGAUUAUCAGUUGUUCUUAUUUUUAUCUAUGUUUUGGGGAAGCCUUACACAGAAUUAUUUUUAGCAUACAAGAAAUACAGUUAUGCAGACCAAGAUCCAAACUUCUCCAGCUAGCACAUUACACUUUUAAUUUUCAAAAUGCAGUUGUUUCUUCCUUGUUUUUUUCUUGGCUGUUAAAAUGAGGGCAAAAUUUUGUCUCCUCAAAAAGAGGCUAUCAGAUGUUCUUGGUUAUCAAGGCUUUGUUUUAAGAUUACAUAGUGCUGCAAAACCUAUGGAAGGGUUUUUAGUAGUUGCCCUUGUAAGUGAUUUGGAGACCAACAGGAAACUGUCUUGUGCUCACUUGUGUCUCCCUAGGAGUGGAGGGAAGUGAAGUGGGACCUUUUUCAAACUGGCAUAGCAGAGGAGGAAGCUCUGUGUGUACCAGAGUCUCAGGAAUGAGUGUCAGAGGCAAAACUAUUUCUGUAUCUUAUCACAGCUAUAGGAACACCUUUAUUAUCUAAGGCUGUAGUGUUCUCUCCACAAAAAGUGAUGGCUUUGACUAAGCUUGAAUGCUGUUACGGGGGCUGUGUGACUUAGCAUGGACUAUCCUAUUGACGUGCUUUUUCUUAGUCUUGUAACUUUGUAUUUACUACAUAGGGUGAGUAAAUCGUUGUUUUAGACAACUGCAAAUUCAUAACUGGAAUGAACUAAAUUUCUUGGUUGACACUGUUUAACUGCAUGCUUUUUAAGGGAGAAAAAUAAUUUCCAUCAAAGAAUUGUCAGUGCACUGAUGUGCAAAAAAGUAGAUAGUUUUACUAGUCAUGGCUUGGGUUUUUUUUUUUUUUUGGUUGUGCAGUUCCACAGAAUGGGAAGUGCUUAGGCCUUGGUUUGUAUCGUACUUCUAAGAUUUUUGUUGGUAACUAUUCAGCAGGAGUAGCUUAAUGUGUAAAGCAAAUAGCAGUUGUGUUGAUAGAAGCUGAUUUCAGAUUUUUGCAUGACCAGGCGCAGUCAAAUACUGCGUAUGGAAGAAUUUGGAUUGGUGCUGUUUUUUUUAACUAACUUGUCGUGAACCUUGUUCCUUUUCUUUGUGAGAUUUAAAUAAAGUUGUUGCUGUAAUCCUU